UAAACUAAGGACAUCCUGUGUCAUUUUAUGCUCAAACCUUCCUUUUUUUGGGUUACAUGUUCACCAUCACCAUUUUCUCUCAAAUCCCAAUUCUUUUUUGAAUAUCUCCACAAUGAAAGAGCAACUCCAACUCAAGUCCAUAACUCAAUGGAAGAAACAAAAAGGUGGAUUCAAGGCUUCCAUGUUUAUUUUUGUGUUGUCAGCAUUAGACAACAUGGGUUUCGUGGCAAACAUGGUGAGUUUAGUCCUAUACUUUUAUGGGGUCAUGCACUUUGAUCUCUCUAGCUCUGCCAACACCCUCACAAACUUUAUGGGCUCAACUUUCUUGCUCUCCCUUCUUGGUGGCUUCAUCUCAGACACCUACUUCAGCAGACUAACUACAUGCUUACUUUUUGGAUCACUAGAAGUUAUGGCUUUGAUAAUGCUCACAGUUCAAGCUGCUUUAGACCGUUUACACCCAGAUGCUUGUGGCAAGUCAAGCUGUGUCAAAGGUGGCAUAGCAGUCAUGUUUUACACAUCAUUGUAUUUAUUGGCUUUGGCCAUGGGAGGAGUCAGAGGAUCCAUGACUGCGUUUGGUGCUGACCAAUUUGAUGAAAAAGAUCCAAGAGAAGCAAAAGCUCUUGCAAGCUUCUUCAACUGGCUUUUGCUUAGUUCAACUGUGGGAUCAAUUAUAGGGGUUACAGGGGUUGUGUGGGUUAGCACCCAAAAAGCUUGGCACUGGGGCUUUUUCAUAGUAACCGUGGCCUCCUCCAUUGGCUUUGUCACCCUUGCUCUUGGCAAACCAUUUUACCGCAUCAAAACUCCUGGUAAAAGUCCCAUAUCGAGAAUUGCUCAGGUUAUUGUUGUGGCUUUUAGAAACCGAAAGCUACCACUGCCAGGGUCUCCUGAAGAACUUUAUGAGGUCCUUGAAGAUGUUACAUUAGAGAAGAUUGCGCACACCAACCAGAUGAGGUUUCUCGAUAAAGCUUGCAUUCUUCAAGAUAACGUUGAACCGAAGCCAUGGAGGGUUUGUACAGUGACACAAGUUGAAGAAGUGAAGAUCCUAACCAGAAUGUUACCCAUAUUAGCCAGUACCAUUAUAAUGAACACUUGUUUAGCUCAGCUUCAAACAUUCUCAGUUCAGCAAGGGAAUGUGAUGAACCUGAAACUUGGUUCUUUCACAGUGCCUGCACCAUCCAUUCCUGUUAUCCCCCUCCUUUUCUUGUUCAUCCUGAUUCCCACUUAUGAACUCUUCUUUGUGCCAUUCGCACGUAAGAUCACUCACCACCCUUCAGGAGUUACACAGCUUCAGCGUGUUGGUGUUGGGCUAGUACUCUCUUCCAUUUCAAUGACAAUUGCUGGGAUUGUAGAAGUGAAAAGAAGGGACCAAGGAAGGAAGGACCCAUCAAGGCCAAUAAGUCUUUUUUGGCUAUCUUUCCAAUAUGCUAUAUUUGGUAUUGCAGACAUGUUCACUCUUGUAGGACUCUUAGAAUUCUUCUACAGAGAAGCACCUGCAACCAUGAAAUCACUGUCAACCUCUUUCACAUGGUUGUCUAUGUCCCUUGGUUACUUCUUGAGUACUGUCUUUGUCAAUGUCAUUAAUACUGUUACCAAAAGGAUCACUCCAAGCAAACAAGGAUGGUUGCAUGGAUUGGAUUUAAAUCAAAACAAUCUCAACUUGUUCUAUUGGUUCUUAGCAAUCCUUAGCUGCCUUAAUUUUUUUAACUUCCUUUAUUGGGCCUCUUGGUACAAGUACAAAUCAGAAGACAACAAUUCUAAGAAAAAUUUGAAGGGUGUAGCAGAAGCACAAACACCUCUCAAAAUGGUUUGUGAGAGAAGACAAGAUGAGGAAAAAAAAAAGGAUGGAAGCAUCCAAGAUAUGAGAGCUAAGGCUAAAGAAAGCAGCCAAACAAGUGAGGCCAAUACUGAGGGACCCUCUUCCUCUGAUGAAACAGAUGAUGGAGAAAAAGAAAGAGACUCUAGAGAAAGGAAGCAUAGAUAAGGUCAGGAGGCUCAAGACAUGACUUGGUAUUAAGGACUGGAUAUGAUAAGUUGUAUGAGUAAAAUACUUAAAUAGAU